GGGGAGGGUGCAGAAGAAGCCCUCCCCUUGCCUGCGAGCCGGCAGAUCCGGGUCUUGCAGCGCUGCCUGCUAGACUGACGUGGUCGACGGAAUCAAAACACCAGGCGAAAGGCAGAGUCGCUCCGCAGCUGCGGUGGCUGGCGUCUUGGGGCUGCGCCUCUUGCUCUCCAGAUCCGAGCAAACCCGCUCAAAACCUGCGCCUGAGGAUUGGGGGCUAUAGCAGAUUUUGGAGGUGUGCAGAGGUCUGCAGUGUAGAGAAAAGGAAGGUGUUUGUUAUCAAGGACCGGUUUUCGCUUCAUCUGAAUAGCCAUGGCAGAAGGUGGAUUUGAUCCCUGCGAGUGUAUCUGCUCCCAUGAACAUGCCAUGAGGAGGCUGAUCAAUCUGUUACGGCAAUCCCAAUCCUACUGCACAGACACGGAAUGCCUUCAGGAACUGCCAGGACCCAAUCCGUCUGCUGAUAAUGACAUCAGUGUGACAAUGAUAAUGGUGGGCUGGCUGGUUCUGGCACUGGUACUGUUCUUGAUGAGACCUGCUAACCUAAGAAGACCUUUUACAGCUGAAAAACCAUCCAGCCCACAUAAUGGGCAAGAACCACCAGCUCCACCUGUGGACUAGACCUUACUGGAGGAAGCUCAGCGACUGUAACCUUGCACGACCAAAAGAACGAACGUGACCAGAAUACUUCUCUAUGUCGCACACAAUACUGUUCUGCUCCAUACAUUUAAAAUUGUUUUGCAGCCCCUCCCGUUAUAUUUGAAUAAGUUAACAUAUGUGGCAUUUUUGCUGAUGUUCAUUGGACUCUAGGCACUAUUGCACUUUGCAAUAAUAUCCGAAAGAAAAUUAAAGCCUGGUUGUCAUUUUUCAAACAAAUUGUUCUUUCCCUGCAGUCCACCAAUAAUGUCUCGGUGAUCUAUGUACAUUUAUGGAGUGGAGGGAACUGCACAGAAGUUCCCAUUGAAUGUGCCAUUAUCUAUAGAGUUGAUGUAGAACAGGGGUGGCUAAUCUGUGCUCCUCUUAAUAUUGCUGGACUAAAACUCCCAUCAUUUCUAAUCAGCAUGGCCAACGGUCAGCGAUGGUGUAAAUUAUUGUCUGGCAACAUCCAACUGGCCACACAUUAGCCUCCCCAAUUUAGAAAAACCCAAAUUGUAUCUCAUCAAUACAACUUUGGAUUUACUCUGUGCCUGCGAACCAGAAUUGUUUCACAGGGAUUCUGUCUACUAUUUAUAUCUGUGUUAGUGUUGUCCAAAGUACAUCCUUCUCUAAAAUAAGGCCAAAUUAAAUGUAUUUAUUGGAAGCAAGCAAAUAAAUUUAGUAUUGUAUUAAGAUAACUAAAGAGUGCAUAACUAAAUGUUACAUUUGAAACUAGGAAUAUUUACAAAUACUAUAAUAAAAAUAGUUACCUGUAUACUUCUCUGUAGUGGAUAUUACAGUCCACAGCUACCUAUAUCCAGUUAUUUUCUGUAAAUGUAGGGCUCCAAUGUGCACGUGAAGCUGCUCUGGAUUGUAAAGGUUUCCCAUUCAGUUCAGUGGCAGGGCAGCAGCAUGGUGUAUGUAGGUAAAAAUGAUGCAUUUGUAAGGAUUUCCCCUGUCAUUGAAGUUGUUAGAAGCCUUUGAAAGAAGGAAGCAGUCUAUGCAUAUUGGACUGUUUGUGGAACUGUAGAUCAGAACACCUCAGUACCUCUUAUUCAAAUACCGUAGGGAAAACAAUGACCAAAUACAACAAUCUCAUUCUAUUUUGAAGUCCAUAGAACUAGAUUUAUCCUAUGUACUUACUUGCUGCAUCACUCCAAUCUGCAUUAUUUAUUUUCAGACGUUAACAUUUUCAUAUUCUUAGAAACAGCAUGCCAAAGCUGUGCCUCUAAGGCAAGAGUCCAGCUGCCAUUUUUUUAUGGAUGGAAUCAGCAAGCAGUAAUGUAAAGACACCAAAUGUUCACAGAAAUAGAACAGAUUGCUUGCAAAUAUUAAACAUAGUUUUAAGGACUGCCAUUUGGAUUUAAAAUGUUUUAUGCAUAAUGAAUUACAUUAUUUAUGUGUAGCUUUCCCUUAGAGUGUGCGGAAGACAAAAAAGAGUCUUCAGGAUCACUUGUGGGCAUACCCAAAGACAUCUUAAGAGACAACUUAAGUGUUGCUUAAAUCCCCAGCAAGAGAUAUUCUGUAUACCACAGAAACUGAAGUGGUAAGUUGAGGUGAUAAAAUUCUGGACUGUACCACUUGCAAUUGCAGAUGUGUGGAAGGUGUCAUCGUUCUGAAUGCUAAAACCUUUCCUGCUUCAAAGAAACUAUCGCAUUAGAUAAGGCCUCAUGAAACCUUUGUGUCUGAUGGAAUAGUGCAUCUCGCAGAGAUCCCCUUCCUAGGUGCAGAAGCGUUCAAAAGCAUGCACCUCCCACCUGCAGUCUCAAGUGUACAUCCCAGAAUUCUGCUAUCUCAGUAUUCAACGUGUAGAACAGCUUUAAUGCUGAAAGCGUCCUCAAAUUUGGCUUCUUUGAACAGACUCUUCAAUGAGACGUAAUUUAUGGUUGCCAGAAAUGAAAUGUAGGAAUUGUAAUUUGCAUUUUUCUUACGCAUUGUCAAUUACUUUACUUUAUUCUUGGAAUAACCAGCAGGAAAAUAUAAGAUGGCUUAGAUGAUUUGGUAUGCAUGUACUCGCAAUUCCAGUUUAGCUACUGGAAAGGAAAAUACAUAUGCAAUAAGUAAUUUAAGAACAUUAUGCUGUUCAGUCCUGUGCAUGUUUACUUGGAAGUCCUAUUAUGUUCAGUGGGGCUUGCAUCUGAGUAAGUGUUCCUAAGACUGCAGCUGGGAGUGAAAC